AUGGCCUCGACUCUGAGACUGUCGAGCUCCGCUUUCCGCUCUACUCUGGUUAAGAAGCCUGUCGUGCAGUCCGCGGCCUUCAAUGGCCUGCGCUGCUACUCUUCUGCCAAGGCUAAGUCCCUCAAGGAGACGUUCGCCGAGAAGCUGCCUGGUGAGAUCGAGAAGGUGAAGAAGCUCCGGAAAGAGCACGGCUCCAAGGUCAUCGGUGAGGUCACGCUCGACCAGGUCUACGGCGGUGCUCGUGGCGUCAAGUCGCUCGUCUGGGAAGGUUCCGUCCUGGACCCUGAGGAGGGUAUUCGCUUCAGAGGCAAGACGAUUCCGGAAUGCCAGAAGCUUCUUCCCAAGGCUCCUGGUGGAGAGGAGCCUCUGCCCGAAGGUCUCUUCUGGCUGCUGCUGACGGGCGAGAUCCCCAGCGAGCAGCAGGUUCGCGACCUCUCUGCUGAAUGGGCUGCUCGGUCCGACGUUCCCAAGUACGUUGAGGAGCUCAUUGACCGCUGCCCCAAUGACCUGCACCCCAUGGCUCAGUUCUCCCUGGCUGUGACUGCCCUUGAGCACGAGUCCUCGUUCGCCAAGGCGUAUGCGAAGGGUAUCAACAAGAAGGACUACUGGCUGUACACUUUCGAGGAUUCGAUGGACCUCAUCGCCAAGCUGCCCACCAUUGCGGCCCGUAUCUACCGCAAUGUCUUCAAGGACGGCAAGGUGGCGCCUGUCCAGAAGGACAAGGACUACGCCUUCAACCUUGCCAACCAGCUCGGCUUUGGCGACAACAAGGACUUCGUCGAGCUGAUGCGCCUGUACCUGACCAUCCACUCUGACCACGAGGGUGGUAACGUCAGCGCUCACACCACCCACCUGGUUGGUAGCGCUCUGAGCUCUCCUUACCUCUCUUUCGCUGCCGGUCUCAACGGUCUGGCUGGUCCUCUGCACGGAUUGGCGAACCAGGAGGUGCUUGUCUGGCUGCAGAAGAUGAAGAAGACCAUUGGCAACGACCUCAGCGACGAGGCCAUCAGGGACUACUUGUGGUCUACGCUGAACGCAGGCCAGGUUGUUCCCGGCUACGGCCACGCCGUCUUGCGUAAGACGGACCCUCGUUACGUGUGCCAGCGUGAAUUCGCCCUCCGCCACCUGCCGGACGACCCCAUGUUCAAGCUGGUCAGCCAGGUGUACAAGAUUGCUCCUGGUGUGCUGACUGAGCACGGCAAGACCAAGAACCCGUACCCCAACGUGGACGCUCACUCUGGUGUCUUGCUGCAGUACUACGGCCUGACUGAAGCCAGCUACUACACCGUGCUCUUCGGUGUGUCCCGUGCUCUGGGUGUUCUGCCGCAGCUGAUCAUCGACCGCGCUCUGGGCGCCCCGAUCGAGCGGCCGAAGAGCUUCAGCACCGAGGCAUACGCUAAGCUCGUUGGCGCUGAGCUGUGA